AUGAAGCUGAAGGAGGUGGAUCGCACGGCCAUGCAGGCGUGGAGCCCUGCCCGGCAGCACCCCAUUUACCUGGCCACAGGUACCUCAGCUCAGCAGCUGGAUGCAACCUUCAGUACAAGUGCUUCUCUGGAGAUAUUCGAGUUGGACUUGUCAGACCCUGUGCUGGAGAUGAAGUCCUGUGCCACCUUCUCCUCUCCUCACAGGUACCACAAGCUGAUCUGGGGGCCGCACAGCAUGACCUCGGGUGAGAGAGUCUGUGGAGUCCUGAUUGCUGGGGGUGAAAAUGGAAAUGUCAUCCUGUAUGACCCAGCCAAGAUCAUGGCUGGAGACACUGAAGUAAUAAUUGCUCAGAAGGACAAGCACACAGGACCAGUAAGAGCACUCGAUGUCAACAUGUUCCAGACUAAUCUGGUAGCCUCUGGUGCUAAUGAGUCUGAAAUCUAUAUCUGGGACCUGAACAAUUUUGCCACACCAAUGACACCAGGAGUGAAGACACAGCCUCUUGAGGACAUCAGCUGCAUCGCCUGGAACAGGCAAGUCCAGCACAUCCUGGCAUCUGCCAGCCCCAGUGGCCGAGCCACCGUGUGGGAUCUCAGGAAGAACGAGCCCAUCAUCAAAGUCAGUGACCACAGCAACCGGAUGCACUGCUCAGGCCUGGCUUGGCACCCUGACGUUGCUACCCAGAUGGUUUUGGCUUCAGAGGAUGACAGGUUGCCUGUAAUCCAGAUGUGGGACCUAAGAUUUGCUUCCUCACCACUUCGUGUUCUAGAAAGCCACACAAGGGGCAUAUUGGCCAUUGCUUGGAAUAUGGCAGAUUCAGAGCUGCUGCUCAGCUGUGGGAAGGAUGCUAAAAUUGUCUGUUCCAACCCUAGCACAGGCGAGGUGCUGUAUGAGUUGCCCACAAACACACAGUGGUGCUUUGAUAUCCAGUGGUGUCCUCGGAACCCUGCUGUCCUGUCUGCAGCUUCAUUUGAUGGGCGAAUCAGCAUUUACUCCAUCAUGGGAGGCAGCACAGAUGGCUUGAGGCAGAAGCAAGUUGACCAGCUUUCAUCAUCUUUUGGGAACCUUGAUCCAUUUGGUACAGGACAGCCCCUCCCACCCCUGCAGCUUCCUCAGCAGACCACCCCACAGAGUGUUGUUUUGCCCCUGAAGAAACCACCCAAAUGGAUCCGGCGACCCGUGGGAGCGUCGUUCUCGUUUGGAGGCAAGCUGGUUACAUUUGAGCAUGCCAAGUCUCAGCAGCAGCCAGGCAUGGAGCAGCAGCAGCAGCAUCACCUUGUCUACGUGAGCCAGGUGGUUACAGAGGAGGAGUUCCUGGCCCGCUCCAACCAGCUGCAGGAGGCUGUGCAGUCUGAAGGCUUUGUCAGCUACUGCCAGAAGAAAAUUGACAUGGCCCCAGCUGACUUUGAGAAAAAUGUGUGGGCCUUCUUAAAGGCAAACUUUGAAGAAGAUACACGUAUUAAAUACCUCGGGCUCUUGGGGUACAAGAAAGAUGAUCUGAGGAAGAAGGGGAUGAAGGACCAUAUACAAGAAACAGAAGAUUUGAAAUCUGCGAAGAAGCCAUUUAACAUCUCUGUUAGUGGAGAUGUGGAUGGUUUGAUUACCCAGGCCUUGCUGAUGGGGAACUUUGAGAGUGCAGUGGAUCUGUGCUUGCACGAUAACCGCAUGGCCGACGCCAUCAUCCUGGCCAUCGCAGGCGGGCAGGACCUGCUUUCUAGGACACAGGACAAGUACUUUGCUAAGAUGCAGAGCAAAAUUACCAGGCUCAUCACUGCAGUGGUAACGAAGAACUGGAAAGAGAUUGUACAGUCUUGUGACCUGCAGAAUUGGAGAGAGGCUUUGGCUGCUGUGCUCACUUAUGCUAGGCCAGAUGAGUUUGCAGCCCUCUGCGAUCUCCUGGGUAACAGGCUGGAGAGUGAGGGGGACAGCCUUCUGCAGACACAGGCUUGUCUCUGUUACAUUUGUGCUGGCAAUGUGGAGAAACUCGUUGCUUGUUGGACCAAAGCUCAGGAUGGAAACAGCCCCUUGUCCCUUCAGGAUUUAAUAGAGAAGGUCGUAAUCCUGCGCAAAGCCGUGCAGCUCACCCAGGCUGUGGACCCCAAUGCUGUGGGGGCACUUUUGGCUGAGAAGAUGAGCCAGUAUGCCAACCUCCUGGCUGCCCAGGGCAGCAUUGCUGCAGCUUUGACCUUCCUCCCUGCAAGCACCAACCAGCCGAACAUCGCGCAGCUGCGGGACAGGCUGCGCAGAGCACAGGGGGAGCUCCCAGUGGGGCAGGAGGCCCUCAAGGCACCAUCUGGAAGACAGCCCAUGCCCAAAGGACAAGCUGGCCCUAUGGCUGGACCCCAGGCUCCAGCCCAGCAGUAUUACCAACAGGGAGACAACCCACCUCCUCCAGGGUUUGUGAUGCCAGCUGCCGUGAAUCCCAGUAUGCCACCCCAGCAAGCCACCUCUUCCAGUUACAGCCUGUACUCCCCAGCAGGGACCCGCCCAGUGUAUGCACAGACAUAUCAGGCCACACAGCAGUACUCUUGUGGAACAGGGGAACCAGCUCUCUAUCAGCCUCAGCAGCCUGUCCCUGCUUCAGCCUCUUACCCAAACCCUGCCCCUAACACCACCCCUCCCUACCCACCCUCUGCUCCUGCUCACUCUGUGCCCUCCCCACUCUACCCCAGACAGCCUCAACCCUCCCCAACGAGCCUGAAUCCCAUCUCUUCCUUCCCUCUCCCUCCUUCUGGUGCAUCCUUUCAGCAUGGCAGGCCAGGACCUCCAGCAACUUCUCUGGCUUACGCGUUGCCUACUGGACCAACAGGGCCUCAGAAUGGGUGGAACGACCCUCCUGCCUUGAACAGAGCUGCCAAAAAGAAGAAAAUACCUCAAACUUUUUUUCCCCCGGUCCCCGAUAACUUCCCUCCCAUCACUUCCCCCAUCAUGAACCCCCUGGUGGAUCCACAGUCCCAGAUGCCUUCGGCUCCGGCACCAUCCACGGGCACUCCCAGCUUCCAGCCUGCAGGGCAGCCUGUGCUGCAGGGGGGCUACCCUCCUGCUCCCCAGCCCCUGGGGUCCUGCAUCCUGCCACCUGCUGCUUCCAAACCCAGCACAGAGGGAGCCCCUGGGGCCCCCACUGGGAAUGCCAUCCAGCAUGUGCAGGCACUGCCAACAGAGAAGAUAACCAAGAAGCCCAUCCCUGAGGAGCACCUGGUUCUGAAGACCACAUUUGAAGCUCUUAUCCAGAGGUGCCUGCUGUCUGCCUCCGACCCGCAAACCAAGAGGAAACUGGAUGAUGCAAAUAAACGCCUGGAGUUUCUAUAUGACAAACUUAGGGAACAGACACUCUCUCCAGCCAUCAUCAGUGGCUUGCACAACAUGGUGAAGAGCAUCGAGACCCGCAACUACCAGGAAGGUCUGAACAUCCACACCCACAUUGUCAGCACCAGCAACUUCAGCGAGACCUCUGCUUUCAUGCCCGUGCUGAAAGUUGUCCUCACCCAGGCCAACAAGCUGGGUGUCUGAAGUCACCCUGGGGCUGCUUUUCCAAAGUGCAUUUCU